GUGACGAGCGCCAAUGGAGUACCAUGAAGCCGAGCCGAGCUGAGGCCGCUCGCUUUGGGUUGAUUGGUGAGCUUUUACUUUGAGGCAGGAAGAGGGGGGGGGGGAGCUUUCUCAUACUCCAGCCCCCUGCUCUGGUUUUGUAUGUGUGUGGGGAGGAUCAUUUCGUGCACUGAGUCGCUGCAGAAAGCAAUCUUAUUUUUAACCUCUACCCCGUGUGUUAUUUUUACACGAUCUGCCGCAUGAUGUCGACAGACAGAACAAUGGAUAUUCUCAGCAUUGCGGGGUAAAUGCUGACCGCAGGGAAUAAGAGUGCGUUUUCUUUUUGCAAUCGUCCAACAAUUACCCCUCAUCAUUAGCCUUUUGAUUCCCACCACCCUUCCCCCCCACCCAUAAGAAGCUUUUACUGUUAAUUAGACGAACGAUCAUAACUGCUCGGCAGGUUGAGGGUUUGCGAAGGUUUUCCAUUCCCUCCCUCUGAAGAUACUGUGAAGGUAUUUUAUCCUUUCGUUUGUGGAGCCCAGCUGCGUUUUUAUUGGAAAGAUGGAGGCUGUUAUAGGGAAGGAAUGCAGUGCGCUUGGUGGAUUAUUUCAGACCAUCAUCGGCGACAUGAAGGGGAGUUACCCAAUCUGGGAAGACUUCAUUAGCAAAGCGGGUAAGCUGCAGUCCCAACUAAGGACCACUGUGGUAGCUGCUACUGCUUUUUUGGAUGCCUUUCAGAAAGUGGCAGAUAUGGCUACGAAUACUCGUGGUGCCACCAGGGAAAUUGGUUCAGCAUUAACCAGAAUGUGUAUGAGGCACCGAAGCAUUGAGACUAAACUUCGUCAGUUCUCAGCAGCUUUGAUCGAUUGCCUGAUAAAUCCGCUGCAGGAUCAAAUGGAAGAAUGGAAGAAAGUGGUUAAUCAGCUUGACAAGGACCAUGCAAAGGAAUAUAAGAAAGCUCGUCAAGAAAUCAAAAAGAAAUCGUCUGAUACAUUGAAACUUCAGAAGAAAGCAAAGAAAGGAAAAGGAGACAUUCAACCUCAGCUGGAUAGUGCUUUACAAGAUGUAAAUGAUAAAUAUCUUCUGCUUGAAGAAACAGAAAAGCAAGCUGUUCGUAGAGCCCUUGUUGAGGAACGUAGUCGCUUCUGUGCUUUUGUUUCUAUGCUGCGACCUGUGGUUGAAGAAGAAAUGUCAAUGCUAGGUGAAGUAACCCAUCUGCAAACUAUUGCAGAUGAUCUUGCUAAUCUGACAAUGGAUCCUCACAAACUACCUACAGCCAGUGAGCAAGUAAUUAUUGACCUGAAGUGCUCUGAUUAUAACUGGACAUACCAAACCCCUCCAUCUUCUCCAAGCACCACCAUGUCCAGGAAGUCUAGUGUCUGUAGCAGUCUGAACAGCGUUAACAGUAGUGACUCCAGAUCCAGUGGAUCCCACUCUCAUUCUCCCACUGCACACUAUCGCUACCGCAGCUCUAACCAGCCACAACAGGUUCCAAUGAGGCUCUCUAGUGUCUCAUCCCAUGAUUCUGGCUUCAUGUCCCAGGAUGCAUUCCAGUCGAAGUCUCCUUCUCCCAUGCCACCAGAGGGAACCACCCAGAAUUCAUCCAGCUCUGCCUCCUCUGAAGCUUCUGAAACGUGCCAGUCAGUGAGUGAGUGCAGCUCACCCACAUCAGUAAGCUCCGGUUCUACAAUGGGAGCCUGGGCAUCAACAGAAAAGUUGGCAAAUGGGUUUGAUCACUUCAAUUCAUCUAGUGAACCAUACCUUCCCUCAGCUGGUACUCGCUUUCUCCCACAUUUUCAGUCCUGUUCCCGACCUUGCUCAGCAGCUCUCCCAGUUAAUCCUCAUUACUAUACCAUUGGGCCUGGCAUGUUUCCAUCAUCAAAAGUUCCUAGCUGGAAGGACUGGGCAAGACCAGGUCCCUAUGAUCAGCUGGGAGUAAACACCUUACCAAAGCGUAAAGAAUCAGAGCAGCAUCGAGAUACUGAUCCUAAGGCAGUAGUCCCCAUUGGUCAGAAUGUACAAACUGAUGAGGUUCAGAGAACUCGGAGUAUGAUCAUCUCCACUGCUGCAAAGCAGGGGGAGGAUGUAGAAACUCAUGAAGAAUUGGCUUUGGCCUUGAGCCGAGGUCUUCAGCUGGAUACACAGAGGAGCAGUCGGGAUUCCUUGCAGUGCUCUAGUGGAUACAGUACACAGACUACCACGCCGUGCUGCUCAGAAGACACAAUCCCCUCGCAAGAACUGCUCACCUUUGGUGCUUCACUUUCAACUACCCACCAUGACUCUGCAACACCUGAGACAAGGAUUUCUAUGUCAGAAACCAGACAUGCAUCCAUCACCCCUGCCUGUGUCUGGACACCACCUGUGCAGGACUUUUCAGUUGGUACCUUCAGUGGGUCACUGAACAAGCAGACAGACCCUAACUCACUGUCCAGAUAUUGCAGAGGCUUCAAGUAACUGAACUCCUCAAGCAGAGCAAUGCAUAUCCUCCGGUUGACACAACUGCAGUACUGUUAACUUAGUCACUGCUCCACCAAAUUAUUUGCAUAAUUUAUAAGUAAAGUGGUGCAGUGCAUUCUUUUAGCACCAUUUGAGUACAAGGCACAUCAUCCAUUUGCUUUCAAGAUCUUCAGUAUAGCGGCCUGUGUAUUUACGUAGCCUUCAACCUCCAGUGGAAUUAUGAGAGGGGCUUAAGUUGUGACUUUGACCCCCUAGAGUGUGUGACUGUAUCGUGUCUCAUAGGCUUGAACUUUGGGAUGUGUCAGACCAUAGCAUUCAGCAUAUACUGAAAGUCCAGGUUUCUGGCAUGCCAGAGGAUAUCUUCAACUGAGCUGAUAGAUCUCUCAAUGGCAUAUGGACUUGUGAAAUAGGAGCAGUCCCUUGUUCCUUCUCUUCCCAAAGAUCCAGUACCACUUUAGGUGAAAUUUUUUUUUCCUGUCCUGAAUGAUCAAAAUUUUUGUUUUGAGAUUGUGACCUUCCCUAGUUAAAGGGAAACAUUAUCCCUGCAUCUACCCUGUCAGGCCCCCCCUUAAAUAUUUUGUUUUGCAGUGUAAUUACUCUCACAUCACGCAAUGCCAGAAUGUAGCUCCACCUUGUAAGUACUACUCAACUUGUGGUCUCACCAUCUGACUGGAACAGAAUGUCUUCUCACUUGUACUUCAGACCUCUUACAACAAAGGCUGUUUGCCUUUUAACUAUUUGCUUGCUAACUUCUCUGUACCCAAACGUAAUAGUUCGCAGCGAUUUUCUUACUUCUGAAAUUGGUCUAAUUGGUUCAUGGUUUUCAAUUCUCUGUUCUUCUUUAAGCAGGAAGCUUUAAUUUCCUAUUACCAAGUUUAUAUAAAAUUUUGGAAGAAGUUUGUCCAUUCAUCCAUUAGCCACAUCCUUCAAAACCUUAUGCAUUCAUCAGAUCCUGGGGAAUUUAUUGCCUUUCGGGUUUUGUCAUUUUCUCCAAGACUUUUGUUAUUUCUCUGUGUGCAUCCUGGAAAAGAAUGUAGGCUCACGUUGCACAGCUAUAUGGGAUGAACCUCAACAAAGGCUAGUAUAUGCUUUUCCAGACCUCAGUAUUUGCAUAAUCCAGAAGAUGGUUGACAGCCUUAUCCCUACCACAACCACCUCAAGGGCAGUAUUAUUUCUCCAAAUUUUCGUGUCUCUGACAGUGGGCCUUUCUUACCAUCAAACAACCUGAAAAUUCUGCAAAGAAGUAUUCUGCUUUGGCAUUCUACUCAGGGAGAUAAUUCACAGAACUCUCCUCCUCCAACAGGGUCUUAGAUACCCGUGCAGGUAACGAUUCACAUAUUUUUUUACAAGGAGCAGAUGAACUAUAUAGUUCAGCAGAAUGGAAUAUUGCCACACAUAUUCUUUGCAAUAUCAGGAACAGAAAUAUUAUUCAACAAUGCUAAUAACUUUGCAGCAUUUCAUGUAUCUCUUGUUACUUUUCCUUGAUAUCUUUUACAUGCAUUCAAAAUUCUACAAAAUGUGUAGCAGUCACAGUUUCCCUGACAUUUAUAUCUUAUAAUAUACUACCUACAUUACAGGCAUUGUUCAGUACAAUGCCGUUAUUGAAUUAAUUUUGAUAGUUGGCAUAAUCAGAUGUGCAUUCAGUUAUGUAAUUGCUGAACUGAUGUAAAAUUACUGCAGCACAGGAGGUAACAAUUGGGUCCACCAAGUCUCCGCUGGCUCUUUAAAGGGCAAUCUAGUCCGAUUCCCCCUGCACUUGCCUCUUGGCCUUGCAAGUUUUUUAUCUUCAGUCCCUUUCUGAAAUCUGCAACUACUACAUGUUCAGGAAAUGCAUUCCUGUUUGAGAAAUAACAUGAACUUUUCCUUAGCUUGUCCUGCAUCUUUUACAAGUGGCAAUAAAUUUAUGUUCUCCAUACUUAACACCCAUCUGGUAACAUAAAUAGUUUUCCUGUUAUCCUGUUUAGAUCUGUCAUGAUUUUUUACAUCUGUAUUAAAUUUGCCAUCAUCUUUCUCUGCGCUGAGGAGAAUUCCAGAUUCAGUGGUGGUAGGUAACUCUCAAACAGACCUUCAGUGCAAAGAGAAAAUGUACGAGCAGACCCAAUACCAGUUGAGAAUCCUUUGAUUACUGUUGAAACUCCCAACUGUGCCUCAAGAUCAGGUGGGUCUUCUGACAUGGACCAAAACAGUAUCUUGAGGCAGCAGAAAGCAAUAUAUUUACACCUGCCACCAUACAGGCACCUGUCUAUAAAGAAAAAGAGAGGUUAUUUGUAAUAAAAUGAAGAAGCCAUUCUGAAAAAGCUGUGGACUCUCAGCUGCUAAUCGCUCAGCUCAUCAUUUCUAAGGUUCAGUAGUCAGUAUUGAAUGCAAUGUUGCAGGUAGUGGCUUUCAGCGCUUGGCACUGUUGGCUAAUGAAAUUAUGGAGAAUUAUACAUUGUCCAUAAAUACAAUACCUUCAGUUAUUAGUUGCCAAUCAAGAAAUCAGUGAUGUGUGUAGUUGGGAUUACCAGAUACAAAUAUUCCCCUCAUUGGUAGUAACAGCAACAAAGAUUGAAGGUGAAUUCAACCACACAUUUUCCAGCCUUUAGAUCUAUGUGCAUUACUGCAUUUUACUGCAAUGCAAAGUCAAUUUUAAUUCAAAACUCGGUUUUUAAUAAUCUGUUUAGUUUCAGAUUAUGAUUACUUCUCGGUUAGUGGUGAUCAAGAUGUCGAACAGACCGAGUUUGACAAGUCCUCCACUAUUCCACGGAAUAGCGAUUUAAGCCAGUCCUAUCGCCGCAUGUUCCAGGCAAAGCGCCCUGCAUCCACAG